AUGGUAUUCCGAUCAAUCACCACCACUGCCUUAUCCAAAUUAGAAAAAUGUAGGAUUUAUGCUCAUCGUCUUCGUAUGUACUCUGGUAUGUCUAUUACCCGUCCUUCUAACGGGGAUAUUCGUCCUCGUAUACGGCCGCUUCCUCCCGUUAUGCAGCCGCCUCCUCCUUUUAUGCGGCCGCCUUCUCUUAUGCUGCCACCGUUUCUUGGAAGCACUCCGGGCGAGCUUGGUACAACUUUGAUGCAGGAUAGCAAAACACUUAAUCCCAUAUUUAUGUUGGUGCAGCUUCUACAAGGCGGAUCCCGCAACUACUCUGCAGUCGCAAUGCACAACAACUCCUUCAAACCCCUACAAUCAGCAACCUUCUACUCAUGGUUGUUGUUUUGGGCACAAUUGAAAGAACGCGAAUUAGUCACCUAUCAUCUGUGGAACCCUUGGACCGACGAGUUCAAAACUCUUGCUCCCUUUGAGGUCGAACCCCAUCUCCCUAACUGGCAUCACUUGGAUCAUAUGCUUUGGGGUGUCGGGUUUGAUUCUGCAUCUCAGGACCAUAAGGUGGUCAGGGGUACAAGGAUUGAUUACUACGACACUAAUGAGCACAAUGAAGAUGAUCCCUAUUUUAGUCCCACUACGGACUGGUCGGAGUUUGAGGCUGAGGUGUUGUCACUCAAAACCGGCGUCUGGAAGAGAAUCCCAUUUCCUCAUGAACCCAUGUUCCGUGUCUAUCACGGCCGUUCUAUUCACAUAAACGGCUUUGCUUAUUGGAUCGUCCGCUAUAAUCGUUUUGUUAUUAUUCCGUUUGAUAUGGAUAAGGACGAGUUUCCUGCUGCUCUUAUUCCUAUGCCCGAGACGGAUAAGUAUUUAUCCUGUGGGAAUACUGUUCUUGCUGAGUAUCAUGGAUCGCUUGCGGUCAUUGUCCACGAUUAUUGUUUUGAUCUCAACAAAGUUCAAUUUGCUGCCGAAAUGAAUCAUCCUUUUGGUUUCGAGAUUUGGGUAUGGAAUGACGGCAGCUGGUCCAAAGUCUCCACAUGCCAUGUCCCGGUUGCUGAGGGUAUUACUAAGGUUAUGGGCCUCUUCAAUAAUGAUAAAGUGCUUCUUAUCAACUCCAAGGGUGAGCUGCUGCUUUACGAUCAUGUGACCUCUGACCUGAGGAAUCUCGGCUUCAGCCAUGAUCAGAUUAGUAUGGUGAAUAUUUACCCUUAUUAUGCUAAGAGCACAUAA